UAACAAAGAGCUAUAGUCAAAUAGCAUGGUUUUUCUUUAUUUAUGUAGAGAUCGCGAAUUCGAAUCUCUUUCUUAAUUUUAGAAGAAAAAAAAGAAAGGAGAUUCUUAUGCGAUGGGAAGGUUGUGUGAGUGUAGCGAGAGUGGUGGGAGCCGUCGUGUUCUUGAUAGUUGACAAAGUCAAAAGUCAAGUUCGGAGUUCUCAACUCCUCCAAAUCAAAACUCCAUCCUUGUGCCUGAACCAAUUCAAUUCAUUGCUUUUCCGUGAACACCAAAUAAGAAUAAAAGAUGUCUCUCAAAGUAUCCAAUUCGUCGGAGAAUAACCCCAUGCUUCCGGUGUCGGAUCCUGGCAGGACCCACGACGAUGGGGACAAGCUCUUCAAAGGUUCCGCCAUGACCAAACGCGGUGCUUACGCCGCUGUCUCUUAUAUGUCUUGCGCCGUUCUCUUGGUGAUGUUCAAUAAGGCAGCUCUUUCAUCAUAUAACUUCCCAUCUGCAAAUGUCAUCACACUUCUUCAGAUGGUAUGUUCAUGUUGUUUUCUUUAUGUACUGAGGCGCUGGAGGAUAAUUUCUUUCUCAGCAGGUGAAAAAUCUUUAAUAUCAGAUAACUCAACAAAAUUUGUACCAUUGAAUACUUUGAAGCACACUCUUCCUCUAUCAGGAGCAUAUUUACUCUACAUGCUAGUCACCAUGGAGUCUGUCCGUGGAGUAAAUGUUCCAAUGUACACCACCCUUAGGCGAACAACUGUGGUAUUUACAAUGAUUGUAGAGUUUCUUCUCGUGCAACAGAGGUAUUCAUCCUCUGUUAUUUUCAGUGUUGGCUUGAUUGUCUUUGGUGCGCUGAUUGCGGGAGUUCGGGACUUCUCUUUUGAUGCUUAUGGCUAUAGUGUUGUUUUCUUGGCAAACUUUACCACAGCAAUAUAUCUGGCAACCAUUUCCCGCAUAGGAAAAACUAGUGGUCUUAAUAGCUUUGGACUUAUGUGGUGCAAUGGCGUUGUAUGUGGGCCAUUUUUGCUCGUUUGGACAUUUAUUCGUGGUGACUUGAAGAUGACACUUAACUUUCCUUAUCUUUUCUCACCUGGUUUUAUUGUUGUUUUGCUCUUUUCCUGCAUACUGGCGUUCUUCUUGAACUACUGCAUUUUCUUGAACACGACUCUAAAUUCAGCUGUGACACAGACGAUUUGUGGUAAUCUGAAGGAUCUAUUUACUAUUGGACUUGGCUGGGUAAUUUUUGGUGGGCUACCAUUUGAUUUUUGGAACAUAAUUGGGCAGCUACUCGGUUUCACUGGCUCUGGCUUAUAUGCUUACUAUAAGCUCAUGGGCAAAUAAUAACUCAACACUUUUAGUGCAAACCUCUUUUUGCAAUUAGGGAAAGCCAUUCACUUGAGUUGAGUCAUGUAGUGAUCAUCACUACAAACCUUUUAAAAGGGAGAAGAAUCUUAGUCAUACCGUGGUCUGUGGAACAUUUGAUCAACUAAUCCACAUUUUUAGGAAAUUUUUGCUGACUGAGAAGUUGGUGUAUUGUAUCAACAAUUUUCAGGGCAUAGCAGCAGUCAUGGCUUCAGUGUAUAUUUAUACAUCUUAUUUAUUUGAUGUAUGUACAAAGAAAAACAUCUAUUUGAUCUAAUGUUAUGUUAACAUAGUUGUAUUUGGCUAUUUGCUUUGCUGAAUCCUAUGUAUUCCUCUC